AUGCUGCUUAUCAUAUUGCUGCAUAACCCUGCCGAAGAGAACGACUGGAGAGGUCAUGACGAAGACAGCUUUUCCUCGCUCAGGUUCCUAUCGCCUUUCCUCCGGAGGCGAGAUCAUCAAGGAUUGUCCAAGGGCAACCAAACUACCUGCUACAGGUUUCUAAGAUACCACCCUGAAGAACUACUGCCUCCAGCGGACCUUAGCGCCAGGAACUGCAAAAAGCGAAUGCCACAUGCGCUUGUCAUUGGUGUAAAGAAAGGCGGGACAACCGCAAUGGCUAGGUAUCUUGGACUUCACCCCAAGGUUUCGUUCUCAACGUCUAUCCAACCUGGUCCGGACAUCACUGAUGCAACAAUGGCCGAAUGGAGGGAGACUUUUCGCAUGACAUCCUCUAUACAAAUGUCUGUCACGGGUUACCCAGGUCUCUUUAACGACAUGCAGCCACAGUUGUUGCUGAUGUUGCGGAACCAUCUCCCCGCUGAUAUCAAACUUAUUUUGACGCUCCGCGAUCCCGUGCAACGCCUUGUGUCUGAUUUCGUGCAUACGUCAACCAUCGUUGAUCGCUUUCAUGGGGAAGAGCGAAAAAAGUUCGAACAACUCGAGGGUUUUAAGGGCACUCUGAACGCUACCGUACUGGACGAAUUUGGCCAUGUGAACUCUUUCGCAUCCAUCGUUCGUCUUGGAUUGUAUGCCAUAGAUUUACAAUCCUUGUACCAGCAAAUACAUGAGGAACGGGUUCUGAUCAUAGACGGUAACGCCUUCAGUAAAGACCCUUUUCCAAUUUUGGUCAAAGUGGAACGCUUCUUGGAGCUGCCGCCAUUUUUCCAAAGAUUUCACUUUAAGUAUAACAAAAAGAAACAUUUUUAUUGUGCAAAUAUUGAGAGCAGACCCGAUGUGAAUUGUCUCAACUCGGAGAAAGGUAGGAAACACCCCGAGAUUGCCGAUGGUCUUGUCCAAAAGUUUUACGCUUUCUAUCGCCCGCACAAUCGGGAACUGAGAAAGAGAUUCGGGUUGAACUUUCCUUGGAUUGACCUGUAA